AUGGUACUCUACACAUUGUUUUGUUGUACGGCUAUCAAACCCGCCAUUUUGAAGAUUACGGCUAAUGUACCAGAGGGUGAAAACUAUAGCAAUUUUGUGGUGCAUAUGAUUUUGUUUUUGGUCUUGGCUUGUGGGCUUCUAACAGACUACCUUGGUUGUCAUUUCAUCUUUGGUGCAUAUGUACUGGGAAGAAUUAUUCCUCCAGGAAAUCUAGCUAAAACAUUGAUAGAGAAGAUGGAAGAUUGUGUUGAUGGUGUUUUGAUGCCUCUCUAUUUUGUGGUGUUAGGAAUAGGGGUGGAUAUCUUCAUAAUCUUGGUAAAUUCCAAAUACGUUUUGGUUAUAAUAUUGGCAGUUGCAACUAAAGUUUUAUGCACUCUUCUAAUUGGAAUCUUCUGCGAUGUACCACUUGUUGACGGCUUUCCGUUAGGAAUUCUCCUAAGUUCUAAGGGGUUCUUUCCAUUAGUCCUCCUUAAUAUUGGACGUCAACGAAAGAUUUUAUCAGGUGACUCAUAUACGUUGCUCUUCGUCACAAUAUUUUUGUCAACAAUUUUGGUGGAACCUAUAAUGAAAAUUAUUUGCAAGCGUAUAAGGAAAAAUCCUCAGUUGUAUGAUCAAAGAAGUUUACAAGGAGCAAAUUUUUCAGAAAAGCUUAAGUUAAUCACUUGUCAUGCCCCCGCGAUGCUUGUUGAGCACGAAUCUCAAAGAUCUUUCUUUUGGAACCUUGGUUCCAAGCUUUUCUGUGAUCGAGGUAGGGCUGAAUCAGACCAAAUAAUCAAGCAAUUCAAUGAAUACACGGAUCAACAUGAUAAUUCUACAUCAUCUUUAAAAGUUUUUACAGUUGUGUCUCCUAUUAAUACAAUGCAUGAAGAUAUAUGUAGUCUUGCCAUGGAUAAGCAUGCAUCUCUUAUAAUCCUUCCCUUUCAUAAACAACAAGGGGUGGAUGGAAAGUUAGAAGACACUAACAUAGAAUUUGGAGGUGUGAACCAAAAUGUGUUAGAUGUGGCUCCGUGUUCUGUUGCUUUGCUCGUGGAUCGUGGACUAAGAGUGAAUUCCAUGUCUUCCUCUUCCGAAAUAUAUAGUGAUGAUGGACAAGGUUGUGAACAAAUUCAAAUAGCAAUGAUCUACAUAGGUGGUUGUGAUGAUCGCGAAGCCUUAACAUAUGCUUGGAGGAUGGCAGGCCAUUCCUCUGUUAACCUCACGGUGAUUCGAUUUCUAGAAGGUGAAAAAUUAACUGAUUUUGAUCAACCUAUAGACUAUAUAAAUUUUGGUGAUAAUGAUAUUGAGGUUGAAAACCUUACUAUAUCAGCACAAAAGUCAAGGGAAAUCCAAGUUGAUAAUGAAUUUCUAAUGGAUUUUCAAGAACAAAAUAGUUAUGACAGAUCGAUAUGCUACCUUGAAAAAUUUAUUAAUUGUCCUGGAGAAAUUAUUACUUCAUUGAGGGAAAUGGGUCAUGAUUUUGAUUUGUAUAUGGUUGGAAAAGGUCAAUCAAGGUUAUCUUUUCCGACAAUAGGUUUAGUUAAGUGGAGUGAGUUUAAAGAGUUGGGACCUAUAACAGACAUUUUAAUAACAUCUGAAUUCACCUCUACUGCAUCAGUGCUUGUCAUGCAGCAAUAUUCGAAUAAAUUAAGUCAAAAAAAUUUUGUAGUUAGGUCUACUGAAGAAGAAAAAGUGACUAUUAUUAGUUCUUAG